AUGUUUGAGCAAAGCUGCUACCCAAAGGAAAACGUUCCAAUACUUGAUUAAAUUUUCUAGGAUUUGAAAUAAUAUUGUUAAAUACCAGAGAGAGAAGAUCAAUCACAACACAAAUAAGCAAUCUCAUCAAUAAAUAAUUUGGUUGUGCAAUUCUAACACGAGAAAGAAUUUAAGGCAGAUUAAUUUAAAAUUGUGCUCGAAUUAAUGAUGGACUUAAUCAAAAAAAAUGAUAAAUUCUCAAGGAAAAGCAUUUAGAUAAAAGCAUGGAAUAAUUAUGUAAAGUAAAAUUUAAUAGAUAACUUAAGAAAAUUUAUCAAAGAAUAUGACAUAGUGAUACUCUAUCUCUAAUUUUUUUCAAUUUUUAAUCAUGAUUAGGAGGAUAUUGAAGAUGAAAUUAACAUAAUAGUUGAAAUAUUUAAAUAUUAUAUAAAUGACCAAGAACAUUAUUUAAUGAUGAUUGAUUAACUCUCUGAAUGGAGCUAUCAAAAGUAAAAAAACAAUUCACUAGAUUAGUUAUUAGGAGUCCACAAUGGCUACUCCUUAUUGAUCAUUUAUGUUAAUUAAUUACUGAAAAUAAUUAAAACUUGGCAAUUAAUAUAAGAAAUCUUAGAACGCUUAAUUCACUAUUCCAGCAGAAUUCAGAUUUUAAGGUCAUCGAAAAAUAUGGAAUUAUUAGUAUUUCAUUUAUUAUAUUAGAUCAAUUAUAAAACAUAGUCUAUCUAUAUAUAGAUAAUUUGAGUCUAUGUGUGGAAGUGUUGAAAUUGCUGUCCAUCCUAGUUUAUAAGCAUACUUAAGAAUUUCUUCAAAUUUUUGUAAAAUUUAAUUUCAUAAUUUCAAUUUUCAUUUAACAUUUAGAUAAUGAAUAGAUAUCUUUAUACACAAUCAGAAUUUUAGGAUGCUUUGUAAAUACAUAAGCCUUUAUGUAAGGAUUUAUGAAUAUGGAAAUUUUAAGAAUAUUCACCGAAUGGAGUUAAAAAAUCAACUAAAACAUAAAAUUAUGCCAAUUCAAGAAAACAUCAUAAAUAAUGUUAAUAAUUAUUGAACUUUUAAUUGAGGAAAAUAAAAUAUCGCAAUAAUCAAUAGAAGAAUAUUUUAUAAAAUUUUGUUCUAAUAUUCUUGAAAAUCUUAAAAUUGAUUAACAGAUUUGCACAAAAGUUUAUUAAAUUGUAAGCAAAUUGUUAACGAAUAAAAAUAUCAUAAAUUAAUUAUUUGACUGCAAAACUUUUUAAUGUAUUACAAACUCUAUAAUUGUGUAAAAGCAUGAAAAAUAAUUUUAAUUAAUUAUUGUUUAAUUUCUCAAUUCAUUAAUCUUAAGUGAUGUAGAAAAAAUUGAUAUAAUAGUUUCAUCAACUAUUUCACAAUAAUUGCUUAUGUUCAUUUAAAACACAUUUGAUUUUGAUACAUAUUCUGAUCUAGAUAUCAAAAUAACUAUAGAGAUACUUUAUUAUAUAUAGUUAGUGAGUUAAGAUAGUAUUAAAUGCUCAGUAAUUUGGAGUACAGAUUGUAUUUAGAUGUUGUUUUACUAAAUUUAGAAGAAAACUCAGAAAAUGGAUGGAAAACUGAUCGAAUUAUUUUUCAAUAUAUUAUCCAUUUAUAGUUAGCUUGAAAUGACAUAAGAUUUCUUAAUAAAAAAUACAACUGCCGUGUUAGAAAUCAUAGAAAAAAACAUUCUAAUUUUCGAAAUAUGUGAUGAUUUUGCAGUAAAAUUUCAUUUAGUUACACUAGAAUAUCCUUUAAAAUCUCAUUAAUAGCCCUAAUAAUAAUGUUCAUCUGCUUAUUGAUUAAUAUGUUCCAUUGACUCUAUUAAUAAUCAAAAACCAGCCAGAGUAAUAAUCUUUAGUUCUUCGAUUUUUUGAUAUUUACGAAUAAAUAUCAAAAAUUGAUCUGUAAACUAGAUUAAGAAUUCAAGAUUUAUGUUAAAUGGUCAUGUAAGAGUUUGAGCAAGAAAAAUUUAUUCAGUAAAUAAUAAUUAACUAAAUAGUCCUUAUCUCAAUACUUUGAAUGAAUAUAUCGGCCGUUGUUCUUUUUCUUAUCAAAAUUUGCUAACCAAGGAAGCAAGAGAUUAUUUGGUAAAUGGUAUUGAUUGUAAAUUGUAAUUAUCACAUUCAUGCUAGAUACAAAGAUGAUGGAUCUGUUUCGAGUUUACUUGUAUUUAUCACUCCAGACUUAGCAUCUAUUUGGUGUAAGCAUCAUGGUGAUUCAAACACAAAAUAGAAAUGGAGACUAGCAACCAAACAUAUAAUUUCAAUUAAAGACUAUUUAAAUGAUGUUGAAGGAUGGAGGUUAUCACCUUUUAAGAAAUUUGGAAAAAAAAGUAAAGUGUUUAUAUAUAAUAAGAAAUCGAUAUUAAUAACUGUUUUACAAUCACAGGCAACAUCAUUUUAAACAAGUAAAUAUAAUUGCAGAACUUCCAUAUUUGUGCACCAACUGCUUUAGAUAAAUACAAGAUGUUUGAAUAUUUAAGGGCUCUUGUCUAAAUCAAUUGA